UUCCCUUGACUCUUGUGCACAUGGUUUGAGCAUGUGAGCAUGCUGGUGAUUCUCCUGAACUGUGUGACUCUGGGCAUGUUCCAGCCAUGUGAGGACCUUAAGUGCCAGUCUGAGUGGUGUAUCGUCCUACAGGUAUUUGAUGACUGCAUUUUCGCCUUCUUUGCUGUGGAGAUGGUCAUCAAAAUGAUAGCCCUGGGGAUUUUUGGAUCAAAGUGUUACCUUGGCGAUACAUGGAACCGCCUGGACUUCUUCAUUGUGAUGGCAGGGAUGAUGGAGUAUUCACUGGAUGGUCAUAAUGCGAGCCUGUCAGCCAUCCGAACUGUGCGAGUGCUCAGGCCCCUGCGAGCCAUCAACAGAGUGCCUAGUAUGAGGAUACUGGUGACUCUGCUUCUUGAUACUCUGCCUAUGUUAGGCAACGUCCUCCUCCUGUGCUUUUUUGUCUUCUUUAUAUUCGGCAUUGUCGGGGUGCAGCUGUGGGCUGGUCUUCUUAGGAAUCGGUGUUUCAUGCCAGAUAACGUGAAAGCCCUUUAUAAUCUGCCACAAAUGAGUCCAUACUACAUGAAUGAAGAAGGUGAGGACAACCCCUUCAUCUGCUCCACCAAUAAGGAGAAUGGCAUGCUGCGCUGUAGUCAGGUGCCCCCCUUCAAGGAGGGUGUCGAGUGCACUUUAAAUGCAUCUCCCCUGGGACAUGCCUACUCUAGCCUGGAUGGGACAAGCAACAGCAGCUGUGUUAACUGGAACCAGUAUUACAGUGAGUGUAAACCCGGGGAGCUCAACCCUCACAAAGGGGCAGUGAACUUCGAUAAUAUUGGAUAUGCCUGGAUUGCAAUAUUCCAGGUUAUUACUUUGGAAGGAUGGGUGGACAUCAUGUAUUACGUUAUGGAUGCCCACUCCUUUUACAAUUUUAUAUAUUUUAUAUUGCUUAUUAUAGUGGGUUCCUUCUUCAUGAUCAACCUGUGCCUGGUUGUAAUAGCAACCCAGUUCUCAGAAACAAAGCAGCGUGAGAACCAGCUGAUGCAGGAGCAGCGAGCUCGUUACCUCUCCAACGACAGCACCCUCGCCAGCUACUCUGAGCCGGGGAGCUGCUACGAGGAGAUGCUCAGGUACAUCAGCCACCUGUACCGCAAGGUGAAGCGCCGCGCCUCCCGCAUCUACACCAGCUGGCAGAACAAACGCAGAAAGAAGGUAAACCCCAACAGCGGGCUGAGAUGGGGGAGCGGAGGAUGCUGCGGCGGGGGGGUCAAUGGUCACAGCAGACACAGGGGUGGCGGACACUGGCUUCGGUCCAUACACAGCCUCAUCCAGCAGCACCAACGACAGCAUUGUCACCUCAGCAAUGGCAGCCCCAGUCCUGUGACCGCUGCGGGGCCCGCUGAGGCUCUGGAAAUGAGGUCCAUCGUAACAGGGUCACAACUGCCCGUGUCCUCACAGCCAACCGCCGUGCACAAUAUUUCUUCCAGGACUCAGUCAGUGCAAAGCAUUUAUCAAAGUGACUUUCUGGAGGCCCCGCAAGGGCGAACUAGCUCUGCGGUGGGCUUGCCGGCACUCGGGCGACUAAACGGGGGGAUGAAUUAUCCGACCAUCUUGCCCUCCCUUAUUUGCAGCUACACAGGCAGUACUUCUGCAGGAAAAGGAAGAGCGGAGUCAGAUUCAAAUACAGGAUGUGAUGCGAUUGAUCCUUUUGAGAAGCUGCACCAGCUCAUGGGAGAACAUAGCCACAGCCGUGUGCUGCUGCAGAUGGCUGGUGUGGUGCCCAGUCCGUUGCUUCUGGAGCUCCUGAACUGCCCGUAUUGUGCAAGGGCCCUGGAGACCAUGGAUGUGGAGCAUGGGGAUUCAGACUACUCCAGAUCAGAAGGGGACGUGGUGUACGAAUUCUCCCAUGAAGCAGAGUUCAAACCCUGCCGUGCAUCCCAUCAUAAAAUCCUGGAGGAGCGUAACCGCCUGGCUCAGUACUGGGAAGACUUCCGGGACAGAUUGAUACGCAUAGUGGAUAGCAAAUACUUUAAUCGUGGAAUUAUGAUUGCCAUCCUCAUCAACACCUUGAGUAUGGGGAUUGAAUACCAUGAGCAGCCUGAGGAGCUGACAAAUAUUCUGGAGAUUAGCAACAUCGUCUUCACUAGCAUGUUUGUCCUCGAAAUGGUCUUCAAACUGCUGGCCUUUGGCAUCUUCGGCUACAUUAAGAACCCCUACAACAUCUUUGAUGGGAUUAUUGUAGUUAUAAGUGUGUGGGAGAUCAUUGGGCAGGCAGAUGGGGGUCUUUCAGUGCUGAGGACGUUUCGUCUCCUGCGUGUGCUCAAACUGGUGCGCUUCCUCCCUGCACUGCGCAGACAGCUGGUGGUCCUGAUGAAGACCAUGGACAAUGUGGCAACCUUCUGCAUGCUGCUAAUGCUUUUCAUCUUCACAUUCAGCAUUCUUGGAAUGCAUCUCUUUGGAUGCAAAUUCAGCCUGAAAAUGGAGAAUGGAGACACCAUUCCAGACAGGAAAAACUUUGAUUCCCUGCUGUGGGCCAUUGUCACUGUGUUUCAGAUUCUGACCCAGGAAGACUGGAACGUGGUUCUCUAUAAUGGAAUGGCUUCCACUACCCCAUGGGCGGCUCUUUACUUUGUGGCCCUGAUGACUUUUGGGAAUUAUGUGCUCUUUAACCUACUGGUGGCCAUCUUAGUGGAGGGAUUUCAGGCAGAGGGAGAUGCUAACAAGUCAGAUACAGAUGAGGAAAAGCGGUCUGUGAACUUUGAAGAGGAGGAGAAGAUGGGGGAAGCUACAGAGUUGAAAAUGUACUCUAUGAUGAUGUCAGCGAAUGGGCAUGUGGAUCCUCGAGGCACUUUGCCCCCUCCAAUCAUCAUGCGCACUGCUGCCACCCCCAUGCCCACUCCGAAGAGCUCGCUCGGCCCCGAGUCAGUGUUUGGUUUGACCGAGUCCCGACGGGGCAGUGGGAUCUCAAUAGAUCCAAAUGCUUUUGAUCAAAAAUCCCUGACUAGCCCAAGAAGAUCUCCAUGCCACCCCCGUGGCUCAGGGAGUAACUGGGGCAGCCGCAGGUCAAGCUGGAACAGCUUAGGACGGGCGCCGAGUUUGAAAAGGAAGGACACGUCUGGGGAGAGGGAGUCUCUGCUGUCUGGGGAGGGCAGAGGCAGCUUUGAGGAUGAGGACUUGGAGGGGGAGAAGCUGGCUAGUAUCAGUGGGGGCUCACUGCAGCAUCCCAGCUCUCUAGAUAUCCCUGAACUGCCCCAAACCCCCAGCUUCAGCUCACUGGGAGACUACCAUGACUGCAAUGGAAGAAGCCUGCACCUGCCCACUGACCUGUCCACCAACCUCAGCAAACAAGACUCCAUUGCAGAGGAAGACAUGGAUGAUAGCUUCUGUUUCCGUCUCAAGAGGACGUUUGAAGCAUAUAAACCUAAGUGGUGUAAAGAUCAUGAAGACUGGUCCCUUUAUCUGUUCUCUCCUCAGAACAGGUUUCGAAUGAUGUGUCAAAGGUUAAUUUCUCACAAGAUGUUUGAUCAUAUAGUAUUGGUAUUCAUCUUCUUAAACUGCAUUACCAUUGCUCUGGAAAGGCCCACUAUUCAGCCAUCUGAGCGAAUGUUCCUCAGUAUCUCCAAUUAUGUUUUCACUGUGAUUUUUGUGGCUGAAAUGACUGUGAAGGUGGUGGCCCUCGGCUUCUGUGCUGGGAAGCACAGUUAUCUGCAGAGCACCUGGAAUGUUCUGGAUGGGGUGCUGGUCUCUGUCUCUCUCAUUGAUAUUCUGGUCUCCCUGGCCUCCACUGGUGGAAACCGAAUCUUUGGCAUCCUGAGGGUUCUUCGUCUGCUGAGAACUCUUCGGCCGCUGAGAGUGAUUAGUCGCGCUCCUGGACUGAAACUAGUGGUGGAAACGCUAAUAACAUCCCUGAGGCCCAUUGGGAACAUUGUGCUCAUCUGCUGUGCCUUCUUUAUUGUCUUUGGCAUUCUUGGAGUUCAGCUCUUCAAAGGAAAGUUUUACCAUUGUGAAGGUGGCGACACCAAAAACAUCACCAAUAAGUUUGAUUGUAUUCGAGCAAACUACAAAUGGAUUCGGAGAAAGUACAACUUUGACAACUUGGGACAGGCUCUCAUGUCGCUGUUCGUGCUUUCCUGUAAGGACGGAUGGGUCAAUAUAAUGUAUGACGGGUUGGACGCUGUCGGAGUGGACAUGCAGCCUGAGCGCAAUCACAACCCCUGGAUGCUCCUCUACUUCAUCUCUUUCCUGCUGAUCGUCAGCUUCUUCGUGCUCAACAUGUUUGUGGGAGUGGUGGUGGAGAACUUCCACAAGUGUCGUCAGGACCAGGAGGAAGAGGAGGCACGUCUGCGCGAGGAGAAGAGGCAGAGACUGCUGGAGAAAAAGCGCAGGAGUAAGGCGAAUUGCGGGUCUGAGGCCCAGCAGAGACCGUACUAUGCCGAUUACUCUCCAAUCCGGCUCUACAUCCACACACUGUGUACCAACCACUACCUGGAUCUCUUCAUCACCGGCAUCAUCUGCAUCAAUGUGGUCACUAUGUCUAUUGAGCAUUUCAAUCAGCCUCCUUACCUUGAAGAGUCACUGAAAUACUGCAACUAUGUCUUUACCAUCAUCUUCAUAAUUGAGGCUUUGCUCAAGCUUGUGGCAUUUGGAUUUCGGAGAUUCUUCAAAGACAGAUGGAACCAGCUGGAUCUAGCCAUAGUCCUGCUCUCUAUCAUGGGCAUCACUCUGGAGGAGAUCAAGAUGAAUGCAGCGCUGCCAAUCAACCCCACCAUCAUACGCAUUAUGAGGGUGCUGAGAAUAGCCAGAGUACUGAAGCUUUUGAAGAUGGCUACAGGCAUGAGAGCCCUACUGGACACAGUUAUGCAAGCUUUACCACAGGUGGGAAAUCUGGGUUUGCUGUUUAUGCUCCUCUUCUUCAUUUAUGCGGCACUUGGCGUGGAGCUUUUUGGGAAACUAGAGUGCACUGACAAUAACCCUUGUGAAGGAUUAAGCAGACAUGCUACGUUUGAGAACUUUGGAAUGGCCUUUUUAACGUUAUUCAGAAUAUCAACGGGGGACAACUGGAAUGGCAUAAUGAAGGACACUCUGCGAGAGUGCCUUCCGGAAGACAAGCACUGCCUCACUUAUCUCCCCAAGGUUUCCCCCAUCUACUUUGUCACCUUUGUGCUAAUGGCUCAGUUUGUGCUGGUUAACGUGGUGGUGGCCGUACUGAUGAAACACCUGGAGGAGAGCAAUAAGGAGGCCAAAGAAGAUGCUGAAAUGGACGCUGAGAUUGAGAUGGAGAUGGAAAUGGCUCGGCGUCACAGCAACGUUUCAGCAGGGAGUUCUUCAGGGCCAGAAGGAAGGGCAACUUAUGUAGGAGCACACCCAGAUUCACCUGGACAGGAUAUGGGGAUACAAAGAACACAGGAGAAUUUGCUCUCUCCACGGAAAAUGUCAGUGUCAAGGAUGCACUCUUUGCCAAAUGACAGCUACAUGUUUCGCCCUGUGAGGCCAGCCAGUGCUCCUUAUCCCCUAGAAGAAGUGGAAACCAGUCAAGGGUACCUUGAAUUAGGCUCUAUCACCUCAGUCCAUUCCCAGCCAUGCGAAAGUCAUUCCCUACUCCAGGUCCCUGGUGUUCCUCCCCAUUCCCAGUUGAACUACCUCCCCAAGAUUCCCCCUCCCAUGCCCUCUCCAACCCACAGCAUAGGCAGGACUUUAUGCAGACAGGAGGCAAUUAAAAAUGACUCCAUCAAUGUGCAAAGUUCUGACUCCAAAGACCAUCCCGACAGACAGGCAGGGAUAACAACAGGUGGCUUCAAGCUGCAUGUUCCUGGGAUGCCCCAAUGUGGACAUGCUCCCAGUGUCUGCACCUUUCAACAGCCCCAUAGACAGCACAGUAUCCUUUCUCGACCUACUAGCCUGGCCAGCAGCAGCAGAAGCACCAGCCCCAGUGGCUCCUUGUUUGAAUCCACUGAUCUGAACGACGAGGAGGUCCGUCACAUAAACAGUACAGCACGGCUGUGGGUAGGGGUUCAGGCAGAAGCCCGAAGUCACUCCCUGUCUCCUUAUACCACCUCAGGGAUGCUGCUUCCCGUCCCUGUGAAGAACUGCAGCAGUGCUGCCAACUUAAGCAUCGAAGACCCAAAAAAGUGCUUCACCGAGGACACUGAAGGUUUUCUGGAAAAACCCUAUGGUACAGAUGACCAUCGUAGGCACUCGAUUGAGAUUUGCUCUUUAGUAGAUGAUGGGCUGUUUGGUCAAGAACUUAGUGAGAAGAGGCACGUUCCGAUGCGUGGACAGUCGUUGCACAUUCCCCGUAAGAAAAAGAUGAGCCCUCCAUGUAUCUCCAUCGAGCCCCCAUUUGAAAUGGAGGUUCCCGCUUCUCUUGCAUCCAUGAAAAAGCUUUCGGAGAGCAGCAUGUUACUACGGAGGAGGACGCCAUCCUAUGACCUAGCCCUGCAGCGGGACUCUCUGGAUUUGCUUGAGAACCAGCUGUCUACCCAGCCGCUCAUCAAAGUAGAGCGACACCCCUCUCACUGUGCAGAGUAUCUGUCAAUGCCACACCCCACCCCAAUGGGCGGUCUGGCAGGCAUUUUGUGUGAAAGCAUGCAGGCGUCCCCCUUUGAUAACCGAUAUGAAGAAUCCACGGACUUCAGCUCUGUAAACAGGACAGCCCAAUGAGGGACUUUAGCCAAAUUUUACCAUCCACACUCAAGGGUGCGACAACUACUUGAGCAGGGGACAUCGACCUCUUUCUGUAGCCAAAGUUUUCUUUGUUUCUUUUCCAAUGUAAUAUCAUCAUGAAAGCCAGCCAGGAAUGGCAGCCGAUCCUAGCAGGGAACAGCGAUUGAUCAGACUGUGAUCGGGCAAAGUGUUGAACAUGGGAUAUGCAAUUUCAGGUUUCCAAAUGGAACAGUGGUUCUAAUUUUGAUCCCAGUGCUCAAUCACAUUGAUUUGAGUUCAGGAUGUGUAGUGUUAUGUAUCAUCUGUAUCAUUUUUGUCAGUCUUUCCUCUCUUUGUCAUGAGCAUUGGUAAUGUUUUCUGUAGAGACAGAGUAUACCGAUUAAAAGAACUAAUAAGAACUGUACAUGUUAUGUAUUUUAUUGACUCAUAAUGUGUAAAUAGAGAACAUAUUGUAUUAGUGGAGAAACAAGCUCUAUUCAUAUGCACAUAUUUUUUAUAGAGAUCUAUAAUGUUUUUGCACAUAUCAAUUAUGAAUUGUCUUCUGUUGUCUUCUUGUGAAUGUACAUUUUUUAAUCAAAUAGCUGUGGGAUCAAUUCUAGUCUGUUUAGGCCUACUGAUAUUGAGAUGAUUUUUAUUUUUCUAUUGGGAGGACGGGGUGUGUCGUAUUAUAUAGAUCCAAUGAGAACCAAACUACAAAUGAUCUGUAGCCUGAGUGCAAUACACUAUAAAUGUUUCUGUAAGUUUACCCAGUUAGGUUACACACUUUUUAAACAAGCAUAGCCAGUAACGUGCAUCUCACAUACACAACCCUUUACCAUACUCAGGUUCAUCUCAAAAUGUAUAUUAAGAUUUCUGCUACACUCUACAUUAUAACCUAGUUUAACCACGACAUAACCUAUUUUAACAUUCUGUGGCCCUUGGCUAUGGCACAAGUUGCAUGUGAAGGACAGACUGAUUAAAAUGUAAAUGUGACCUUGUUCUGUUUCUCCUGAUGUUCAAACUUUAGAACUGUCAAAGACUAAAGGCUGGAAUACACUACAUGACUUUUAAAGCCUGCGAUACACUAUGCGAUUUUCUAUGGAAUCUGUCAAUUCAAAUCUGCAGACUGGCUCUGACUUUCGGCAACUAGCGUCAACUUCCUCUAGACUGAAAAUUGGGGCAAAAAUCAUGUAGUGCAUUCCAGGUAUAAGGGAGUUUAUAUCAGUACAUGUCUGAUCUAUUUUUAUUUUUUAUAUCUUUUCUGCUUUGAAAUGGCACCUCUGGUUUGUGCCCUUGUGAAACAAUAAGACACCUAUUUAAUGAAAGGAACACAAAGUUAUGUUUUGAUUUUUUUUUUAGAAGUGAUCAAUGUGAUUUAUGAUUUAUGUAUAGUUAUACUAAGCCAUGAGGUUUUUGGCAAAUAACCAGUAAACACAGCCUGCGAAUCCUGCUCUUUAAAUGAUAUAACUCACAUAGCUACAUAUCCAGUAAUAACAAUGUAUCACCUGAGAUUUAAAAUAGUUGAUGCAGCUUCUGUGCUGUGCUAAUUCAAUUUUUUUUCUCCAUUUAUGAUUCACCUCAAAAGAUGGAGAGGGCAAAUUAGUUGCAUGUUAUUGAGAGAUUUAGAAAUACAAACAUCUGGAUGUUUUUCAAGUUUUUGAUAUUUACAUUUUCAGAUAUUUUCCAUUUGUAGACUUGCAUCUAAUUGCACUGAGAUGUAAUUACAAGGUAUUACUCUGUAGAAAUGAGUAAAGCCACUUGUUGUCUGAUGCAAUAUUUUAUGGUAGUCUAUGUUGAGAUGAGUGCAAGAGGUUUAGUUGUAAGCAAAAAAUCAUGGAUGAUUACAACUGAAAGUAUGGACUCUGAUGACAUAAUCAGACAUCAAUCUAAUAUUGGACUUUGAGACAAAUGUGUGUAGUGUUUCAUGUAUCUUAUGGUCCUAGAUCCAUGUUUUUUGCAAGAGGAUUGUUGAGAGGUUUUUUUUAAAUUGCUAUUGAAAAAAUGAUAGAGCUGUAUGGAUGGAGAAGUAUAUAACUGCUUAAAGUGUUUAAUCACUUAAUCACAUUCUUAGCUGGGUUUUUGUUUUUAAUUAUUUAUUUUUUAAUAUGAGCUUUUGCCAUUAAGCAGCCUAAUGUCCUUAAUCCUUCAAUAAAUAAUCAAAGCAUUUUCCUCAA